GGACUCAGCCGCUCAAAAAGUCGAAAACUUUGAAGCCUAAUAAUUUUUCGAUUUGGGGGGUCAGGGGGAAAAAGCCGGAAAUCGGCAAUAGAUUAUUGACCAUGCUCUACACGUUGGUGCGGAAAAUUAAAAUUUUUUCAGAACUCGGCAAGACCGAUAAUUUGGAUCAACAACAUUUUGAUGAAUUUUAUGAAGAAGUUUUUACUGAAAUGGAGAGGAAAUAUGGGCCUGUUGAAGAAUUAAAUAUUUGUGAAAAUAUUGGCGAGCAUAUGGUUGGCAAUGUUUAUGUAAAAUUUGUUUAUGAAAAAGAUGCAGAAAAAGCAGUUCAAGGAUUGGAAAAUAGAUGGUUUAACGGCCACCCAAUUUAUGCUGAACUUUCACCAGUAUCCGAUUUUCGUGAGGCACGUUGUCGUCAACACGAAAUCAGUACUUGCGUAAAAGGAGGAUUUUGCAAUUUUAUGCAUUUGAAGGAUGUGUCUGAUGAUGUUUAUGAACGUUGUUAUGGAGGCAAAGGUGCUAGAUAUAGGAGUGGACGGCGACAUGAUCGUUUUUAUGCUGAUGAUGGAUAUGAUGACCGUCGUGAUAGAGACCGUAGCGAUAGAGAUCGAGGUGACAGAGACCGUGGAGAUAGAGAUCGUCGUCGACGGAGGCGGGAUGAUGACGAUGAUUUUCAUGAUUAUCGUCGUUAAAUUUAUUUCAAGUUUUUU